AUGUCUCCCCAUCCUGUGUUUGACGACAAAUCUUCUCUUAGCGGCGACAAGACCUUUGAUGGUAUUGAAAAAGGCGGAACCAUCGAUACUCAGGUGUGGCCCUAUUCGAUUCCGAAGCACAGCUUCGAGUCUUUAACACGGUCUCUCGCUUUUCUCCCAGAAGGAAACGAGCACGAGGUUUUCUGGUGGAAGGUCACCGGCCGCCAUGUCGCAAGGAUGAUGCAUGAGGCAGGAUACUCGGAGCAGCGCCAGGCUGAACUUCUUCUCUUCUACCGCUUCGUCGUUGUCCCGCGCCUCGGCCCCAAGCCCACUUCAGGAGACCCCUCGUUCAGAAGCCGUGUUGCCCCCGGAGUCGGAGAUGGUAGUCCAAUUGGAUAUAGCUGGCGAUGGGGCACUGGCAUUAACAGCAAACCUUUGAUCCGCCACUACGUCGAGCCCAUAGGCAACCUAACAGGAACCGCAGCGGACCCGUUGAACGAAAUCGCGAACAAGGAGAUGCUGUGGGAGCUCGGCAAGAUCCUACCCACAACCUCCCUUGACCUUGUAUGGAAAUUUGCCGCCCACAUCCGGCCUACCCUGACAGAUGAGGCGACUCGCGAGGUUGCAGGCUCUUCGAUGCUUGUUGGCCUAGAGUGGUCGCCGGGUGAGUCCGGUACGGUCGAUUUCAUGGCAGGCUUGAUGACGCGAGCCCCUGGCCAGGUCAGCGAGCUCAUGAGCACCAUAUUCCCUAACGCAAUGAGGGAUGCCUAUGGGGCCGAUGUAUCCCUAGACUGUCUUAACACCGUCCGCGACUUCAUUGAGACCGACCCUCACGGAAGCUACCUCACUGUACUGGGCACCACAGCCAUUGACUGCUGCAAACCGGAAACCUCCCGGUUCAAGGUGUACGUCACAACAAGCAAUACCUCUUUCGACCACAUUGCCGCCGUCAUGACCCUGGGCGGUCGCAAGCCAGAGUCUGCCAAGUCACUUGCCCAGCUUCGCGAGCUAUGGUACGGACUGAAAGGCUUGAGCCCCGACUUCCCCACUUCCACCGAGGCCCCUUCUCUUCUCAUUGCGAAUGGUGAUGGUACUGCUGCUCUGUCUAAUCUGAACACGAGUGGCGUGACCUUCUAUUUUGACAUCCACCCCAAGUACACCGUCUCACACGUCAAACUACAGGUAGAUGUGAGCAAGCACGCGUCAAGCGACCUGGUUGGAAUCGAGGCGGUUACUGGCUUUCUGCAGCGCCGUGGCCAGGAACGCGAUGCAAGGGCAUACAUGAACCUGUUGCGAGGAAUGGUCCCGGAGGAAGAACUACGGACACGGCGUGGGUUACAGGCGUUCUUCGCAUUUGCGAUCAAGAAUGGCGAGAUAGACAUUACAUCAUACUUCCUUCCACAGGUGUAUAGAAGGUUUGAUUACAUUCAGGCAGAGAUGAACCCAUCCACUCGCACAGGACAACGGCGGAGUCGGUUUGCGUCCCUGGACUGA